AUGGUGACCGUGAAACAGGGAGAUACAAGCGCCGAUGAAGUUUCCGUCCUCAACAAACUCUUUCUUGAUCCGAGCAUCAUCAUUCCCUUAUUCUCUCUCUCUCUCGUUCCAUGUGGCUGUUUGUUGGCUGAAUCAUUCGCUAACUUUUUCUUGCUGUGUUCCAUAAUUCUUCGUGAGAUUCAUUUACAUCCAUUGCUUGUUUCUCCUUCGUUGGCACCGAAGUCCAUUACUGUCGUUCUAUGGAGUAACAAAUCUGUCAAUGCAUAUUACUACAUCUAUCUAUCUAUCUAUCUAUCUAUCUAUCUGAGUUUUUUGUUUAUAUCUAUCUAUCUAUCUAUUUAUCUGAGUUUCUCCAUAUCUAUCUAUCUGAAUUUGUUCAUAUCUAUCUGUUUAAGUUUCUUCAUAUCUAUCUAUCUAUCUAUCUAUUACAUUACUGGGAUUCGAACCUGGCUCUCCGAUUCCUCAAUCCGAGCCUUUUUAUUUCUUUAUGGUUUUCUUUUAAAAUUCAAUUUAUUAAAUCUAUCUUUCUUUUCCUCAGCCUAUUAUCUGUGUAUAUUUUUUUUUCUUAUUCGUCAGUUUAAAACCUUAUUUUUCUCAUUCGCGUUUCAAUCAUUUUUUUUAAUUCUUUUUUAUCGUAAAUUUCUUUUGUUUAUAUUUUCAAAAUCGAAAAAUAUUUUGUUUUUCUUCUUCCGCUUGUAUUUCCUUCUUCCUUCUCCAAUAUUUCCUUUUCUUUAUGUCUUAAUGAAUUUGCAAUUCCGUCUCUAG